CUCUCUCUCUCUCUCUCUCUCUCUCUCUCCUUCUCUCUUCCUUGGUAUAGUAUCGUUUAUAUUUUGGAGUAGCAGCGAAGGAAAGAAGAAAGGAAAAGCAAAGAUCACCUCCAUUGUGGAAUGGAAAAAAGAUAAGAGCAAAGGGAAAUGACUUGGUGCAAUGGUUGCAGUGAUGUUCAAACAAUCGACAGAAGCUCCCCUCCAUCGUCUCAUAAAACUGUGAUUGCUCAAAGGCACAAAGAUUGCCUCCUUAGGACAUGCCCUUCUUGCGGUCAUCAGAUCAAAUACCGCGACCAGGGUGGAAUCCAUGAUUUGCCUGGUUUACCAGCUGGAGUGAAGUUUGAUCCAAGUGAUCAAGAGCUUCUUGAACAUUUGGAAGGGAAGGUGCGGUCUGAUGCUCGUAUGCUUCAUCCUCUUAUCGAUGAAUUUAUCCCUUCCAUUGAAGGAGAGAAUGGGAUUUGCUAUACUCAUCCGGAGAAGUUUCCAGGAGUAAGCAAAGACGGCCUGGUUCGCCACUUCUUUCACCGGCCCUCCAAGGCGUACACGACCGGGACAAGGAAACGAAGAAAGGUCCACGCCGACACGGAAGGUGGCGAGACGCGGUGGCACAAAACCGGCAAGACGAGACCGGUUUUCAUCACCGGAAGGGUCAAGGGGUACAAGAAGAUUCUGGUGCUUUACACCAACUACGGCAAGCAAAGGAAACCGGAGAAAACAAACUGGGUGAUGCACCAGUACCAUCUGGGCAACAACGAAGAAGAGAAAGAAGGCGAGCUCGUCGUCUCGAAAGUCUUCUACCAAACGCAGCCUCGACAAUGUGGUUCGAUCAAGGACACCCUAAAGGCACAGGGUGGACACGAAGGUCCGCACCACCUCAAGAACAACAGCAACAAUGGGCUCGUCGAGUUCUAUAAUCCUUUCACUGCCUUCAACCAAGGUGGCCAAAGCAGAGCCAUCCCUAGCCAACUUCUUCCCCACUUUGCCGUCCAUGAUGGGCCUUUCAUUCCUUGAUAAAUUACAAGGUAAAUACUACACAAUAAGCAUUACUGGUGACAUAAUAAUAUAUAUAUAUAUAAUUGUCCAAAAAGAUUGGAAAGAAUAAGGAAUGAUUUUUAUAGUAAGUUGAAGAGCAGAAGAAAACAUUCUUCGCCAUGCAAGAAUAUCAAGAUUUCACCAUAAU